CUUCUCUCUAUCUCUCUCUUCCUUGUUCAUUUACGCUCUGUAAAUCCCAUAUUUUUCUCAUUUGGAUUCUCGAUUCCUUUCUCGGAUAGUGGAUUUCCCUCCCCGGAGGUGGAAGGAUUUUCUUAUUUGUUUUUAAUUUUCUUUUCCUUGGUUCUUCUGUCCAUCAAUUUUGUACGAACAUUCUCGUCUCACGACAAAAGUAGCGCCAAGUCUUCCUUCUUUACUUCUUGUUUUCUUUCCCGAGAAAAUUUCAGAUCCAUAUAUGUUUCCCCCAUCUCCAAAUCCAUACCAUACACGCUUACCAAUUAUUUAGCCUUCUUAAUUAUUAUUUCUCUCUCACAUUCAUUGAAUUUCUAAUUUUCGUUGUGAUAUUUUUGGGAUUAUGGAAGGCGCAGGGCGGACGCUAACACUGCGAGAUCAAAUGUCGGCGGUGGACGGCGGCAUUCGAGAGCCGGUGGCCGGUUUGACUCUGGGCGAAUUAUUUGGCACGGCUGAGAAGCGAGCCGCGUUGGCUCCUCCAGUUCCUCUAUCUCGAGAUCAAAGCGCGCCGGCAACUCGGCUUCGGCCUCAGCCUCAGCUCAGUAACCGUACCCUCCUGGAUGUGAUCCAAGAGCAUGAUCCGGAUGCCGGGCUGUCCUUCAAGGAUCUCAUUGGCGACCACCGCAACAACAGGGACAAUAACUCUUGGAAAAACUUCAGAGACAGGCUCUCUCUCAAGCGCGCUGGGGCGAAUUGGACCUCUCGUAUCCCAGCAUCGGUUAUCCCUAUCCAGAAUGGCAACGAUACUGUCAAUAGUAGCGCGUCACGGGAACUUUCGUUUUCUAUGACCGACUCGGUUCGUUUCCAGCACACGGUCGAGUCCACUCAGUUGGAGGACGACUCGACUUCUUUCGAUAUGUGCGGAGGCCAUUCCUCCUCGUCGAGUCCGUGUACCAGGCCGCAGAUGUCUCGUCGUAGCUCGAGCCGGUUGGGCCCGUCGGUUCCGAUUGAGUCCAGGUCAACUCCACCCGGCGACUCAGACUUUUACCACGCACCUCCUCCAUCACAGGCUCAGGGUUUCGGACGUCAAAUAUCGCGGCAGAAUUCAGCUCGCUACCUAGCGACUCAGAGCCAGAACUCGAUGCACAACAGGGACGUCGCCGAUUUAACAUCAACAGAAGACGGCUACGCCGAAUGCGAUAGUGACGUACGGGCGCCCAGACGCCGCCUCUCAACAGUAUUGGCAGAGGAGAGAGCUCUCUCAGCACGAGAAGCCGUGGCAGCACGGGAAGCGGCGGAGGCGGUGGCGGAGGAGGUGGUAGCAGCCGAGAGAGAACAAGCGGAGACGGAGGAGUCUGAGGCGGCGGAACCUCCGAUGAGGAUGUCACUGAUGGACUUGAUGGACUACAACAUAGGGGAGGAGGAAGAGGAAGAAGUGAAAACGGAGGAGGGGGAGGUGGUGGCGGGCGGAGGGGAAGGGGUAGAGCAUAAAUGCUGCGUGUGCAUGGUGAGGCAUAAAGGUGCGGCGUUUAUACCUUGUGGCCACACUUUUUGCAGGCUGUGUUCAAGGGAGCUUAUGGUCGGUAGGGGUAACUGCCCCCUCUGUAACCGCUUCAUAUUGGAAAUCCUCGACAUUUUCUGAUCUGAUCUUUCUUUCUUUCUUUUUCUCUUUAGAAAGACAUUUAUAAAGAAUAACUUCUAAGUGAAUUAGUAGUAACUCAAUAAAAU